CACGGUGUGGGUUUCAGGAACAGGGCGUAAUUAUGGCGCAGCAACCGAAGCCUGAAGGGGAUUUUAUGCCGAAGGUGGAUUUACAGAAAGAUAGAAAAUUCCUAUCACAAGCUCAAUUAGACUACAUGCGACUGGCCCAACAACAAAACGCCGACCGAGUUAAUCGCUUGAAAAAAAUUCGUCGAACAAAUCUUUUGACUGCGGGAGUGUUGGGUGUGUCAGUUUUUGCGAUUUUUGGUUACUCUAUGUGGGCAGUGGGCUCUGAGAAAUUUCUGGACGAAUUCGAAGAUAAACCUGCAUCAAAGAGUUGAAAAUUACUAUUAUUAUCAAAUUAGUUAAAAAAGACUAAAACUAUGAACUAAGAAACUUUACAAUCAUUAUUAAU